UCUUUCGCCUUGUAUGGCCAAAUCCUUUGGGGUGGGAGGGAACAGUUUGGGCAAACUCUCUCCUCCAUUGGCUGCUCCCGCCGUCUGAUCCCGCUCGAGCCCAAACGGGGGAGAUUAAAACAACAGCUAGUUAAUUGCAUCUCUUUGCGGGAAUCGGAAACCCUUUUGUCCACCUCGAAGGGUUCGCGCAGGUUUCCGUCUGAGGCAGUGACCAACCAAAUGGAUAGAGGAAGCCUGCAAGCAGGGCGUGAAGGCACAGAAAAACUCCCAGCAAGAUGUCCAGUAAGCGAGCCAAAGCAAAGACCACCAAGAAGCGCCCUCAGCGUGCCACCUCCAAUGUCUUUGCUAUGUUUGACCAGUCGCAAAUCCAAGAGUUCAAGGAGGCCUUCAAUAUGAUUGACCAAAACCGUGACGGCUUCAUUGACAAGGAGGAUCUGCAUGACAUGCUGGCAUCUCUCGGGAAGAAUCCCACAGAUGAGUACUUGGAAGGCAUGAUGAGUGAAGCGCCUGGGCCCAUCAACUUCACCAUGUUCCUCACCAUGUUUGGGGAGAAGCUGAAUGGCACUGAUCCAGAAGAUGUUAUCCGAAAUGCUUUCGCUUGCUUUGAUGAGGAGGCCACAGGUUUCAUUCAUGAGGAUCACCUGCGUGAAUUGCUCACUACCAUGGGCGACCGGUUCACAGACGAGGAAGUUGAUGAGAUGUAUCGAGAAGCCCCCAUUGACAAAAAAGGCAAUUUCAACUACGUGGAGUUCACCCGUAUCCUGAAGCAUGGAGCCAAAGACAAAGAUGAUUAGAAUUAAGAGAGAGUCCAACGUUUUAAUUGCCAUUGUCCACGCCCAAGCCCAGGCCCCCUUGCUGCUCCUCGAAGGUCCCCUGCCAUCAUGCUCCUGUGUCAGUAAGGGCAAAGGCUUUGAAACAUUUCAGCAGAUCAAGCGCUAAUUUAAAGGAAGAAUACACAUUGCAAGUUUGUACACCUGCACCUCCCUACACAUACAGAUCAUAUUGGUCCUUUGUUAAGCUGCUCCUUGAUUCUGUAGGUCCCAUGGAAUAAGGUACUUUGAUUUCCCCUCUCUCAAAGGGUCUAACUGCAUAGAUUUUGCCAAAGGAGGUAGAAGAUACACUGGAUUACCAGAUGAUCUGGCACUGUACAUAUAUGACAUACAAUCACCCAAUGCUGGUUCCAGUAUAAUCUAAGGGGGUUUGCGGAGAUAGCGCUUAUAUAGCACUUUUUUUCCCACUUGCAAAGUGGUUUACAGUGCAGUCCUGAACAGAGUUAUAUCCUUCUAAAUCCACGGAGUCAACAGGCAUGGAAACUUUGUAGGACUGCACUGUUGCAGUCCUUACUGUUUUCUCAUUAGCACUACUCUAUGAUUUUAUUCCCAUUGUAUAGCUGGGAAGCUUGGACAGACAUUUGCCCAAGGUCAUAAAAUAACUGCAGAGAUGAGACUUGAACUCAGGUCUCCCAAAAUCUAAGUUUAAAUCUUUACAGGCUGUAGCACAUUGGCCUUCACCAGUACUACUUUCUCUCAGAACUAUAUUGAAGCUAUUUCAGCACUCACUGGGAACCAAUUCAGGGGUUGUUUUUCCACCCUGGUAGGCCUCCUGCUCUCUGUACAUGUGCACAAAAGAACACCUUUUCACCUGAGGAUUUGCAGAGUGCACAAACAUACUUGUGGAAAAGAAUUUCCCUUGAUUCCCUCUUAUUCUCUACUUCAUCCCAAAUACAUACAACCACCCACACCUUGAGAAACAUGGUCCAUGGAGGUACUUAUUGGAUAGCUGGCUACCUGACAAAAAAGCAGAGCAGGAAUAUCAAUAAAUAAAAGUUCACCCUCUUGUUUAUAAUUAUCUUGAGGGUGAAAACCUUGCUUUGGGGGGUAAAAAAAAGACUAGAUUAUUUUUUUCAGUUUUAAAAAGUACAAAUCUUGGAGUGCUAUAGAAGCCCUUGUUCCAUAAUCCCUGCUAAUUAAUUAGCUCUGGGUUGGGAAAUUCCUGGAGAUUUGGGGGUGGGGCUUGAGGCAUUCCCAGUUUCUCC